CACAGAGAGUUCAAUCCCAAAUCUCCCAACAAUCUAACCCUCGUCUGCAACCAGGAUCCUGCUGACAGCGGCACCGACUGUCCAGAUUGAAGGCUUAACUAGAUAGGUAUGACGGGUUUAGUUUAAUUUCCAAUUUCAAUUCAUGUCUGUUGGUGUCAUAAUUUGAUUUAAGAUUAAGUUUAAUUUUCAGUUUCAAUUUCCAAAGAAUUGCUGUUGGAUAUAUACCCUGAUUGGAAUUCCUUAAUUAAAGUAUCUGAAUUGAUUAGUCUUUUCCAGUAGUUGUGAUUUAUGUCCUCAGAACCCCAUUCAGCUCAGAUGGGGGAAUUGAGAUGCUAAUUUGAGGUGGGGGAGAGAGAGAGAGAGAGAGAGAGAGAGAGAGAGAUGGAGAUGGUGAGAGACGUGUUUGGCAACCCCAUCACAACCGCAACUUUGGAGGGUAUGCCAGAGUAUAGAUCUGAGUCUGGGGAAAUAACAAGAAUCGAAAGGGCACGCGCGGCAAUGGUUAUGCAAAAAGCCAGGGGAAAGGACUACGUGAAGGCACGAGCACACGUCGAGCAUUUGAAGGACGAAUCCGGUACAAAACUCGCCAAUCUCGUCCUUAUUUACAAUGCAACAGGAGACACCGUUAGAUGUGUUGGUCAGAAAGAUUGGCUUGGCCUCGACGUAGAGUACCCACCACUGAUUGGAAAUGGCCAGUGGGCUGCGUUUCUGACCGUCAAAAACCCCAGUCGUGGUAUUGGCUCUACUUCCGCUGUUGUGUAUCGCGGCAAGAACGCCGAUGGUACCAACUGCGACUAUAUGCUGUCUUGGAGCAACCCGGUGGACAGGGUUAAAUGGGACAACACGGUCUGUACGCAGGUUCGCAGAACUAACCACUUUGACAAUGGAGCAAAUUGGAGUGAAAUCUACAAUCACUUGUAUACAACUCGCUCGUCCCAAGAGGAUACAUGGAAUGGAUGUACGUCAAUCAUCACAACUGACAGUGCUGUUUUUGCAGUAGUUGAGGGAACACUCACUUUGGAAGAUGUCUGAGUUGAUGCAUUUGGUGUCAUAUGUUUCUGCGUUUUGGAAACUUGGAAGGCUAGCUAGGCAGGUGUCUGGCUGCUUACAAGGAAUCUGGACCUCGUUGCGGUUGUCUUGUCGCUUGUCAGGAGCAGAGCAGUGGGGGAAAUUUGCUGAAGUGAAUGCCGAUGGUGCUUGGAAGGAUGGUUCUGCAGGGUAGUGGCGUUAUUAUUCGUGAUAGCAAUGGUUCUUUUCGUUCAAAAUUACACUGGUUGAGGCUACCUAAUAUAAACUUCUUCAAUAAGAUAUUCGUGUAUUAAUAUACUUUGUGAACAUUGAUUUGAGGUUGCAAGUGAACUUUAGCUUUGUUGGUUAA